CUCCCCGCUCCGCCCCCACCGUCACCUUCCGGGGCCGCCCCGGCUGCGGCUCCGCCGUCAUCGGACCGGUACCGCCCCCCCAGCGCCGGCAGCGAUGCAGCGGGCGCCGGUGGCGUUUGAGGACGUGGCUGUGUACUUCUCCGCCGAGGAGUGGGCGCUGCUGGCGGGGUGGCAGCGGGAGCUGUACCAGGAGGUGAUGAUGGAUAACUACGACCUGGUGGCGUGCCUGGAUUCCCUUGACAUCAAACCCCACAUUGUCCGUGGAAUGGAUCCCGGGGAGACGUCGCGUGGGGGGGCCGGAGGAACCCUGGACCCCACGGGCAGCGCCCCCUGGGACGAGAACGCACCGGGGGACGCCAUCCAGGGACACCGUGUGCCAAUGGAGCCGGGGUGCCCUCCACUGUGCCCCGAGUGGGGCAGCUGGGAGCCGGCGGGGGCCGCGGGGCCGCAAAUCUGCAGGGUCUGCGGGCAGAGCUUCGAGGACGCGGCGGCGCUGAGCGCGCACCAGGCGGAGCACGGGGACCCGGCGCCCGGCCACGAAUGUGUGGCGUGCGGCAAAGUGUUCCGGCACCGCCGCAACCUCCUGGCGCACAAGAAGCAGCGGGGCCGGCGGAGGCACUCGUGCGGCGAAUGCGGCCGCUUCUUCUGCCUGAAGGGCGACCUGCUGCGGCACCGGCACCGGCGCGACCCGCGGGCGCACGGCGAGGGGCAGGCGGCCACGGCGGAGCGGCAGCGCCCCGAGUGCGGGCGACGCUUCGAGGACGAGCGCAGCCUGAGCCGGCACCGGGCACAGCACGGCGAGGAGCGGCCCUUCGCCUGCGGGCUCUGCGAGCGCCGCUUCUCCUGGAAGGAGAGCCUGCAGCUGCACCUGCGCAGCCACGCGCCCGAGCGUCGCCACAAGUGCCCGCAGUGCGGCCGCGCGUUCAGCCGCAGCGGGAACCUGCUGGUGCACCAGCGCGUGCACACGGGCGAGCGGCCCUACGCCUGCGCGCAGUGCGACAAAGCCUUCUGCAACAAGGCCAGCCUCACCACGCACCGCCGGCUGCACCGUCGCUCCAGGACCUUCGCCUGCGCCCAGUGCCGCCUCGGCUUCAGCUCCAAGAGCAAGCUGCGCCUGCACCUGCGAGGCCACGGGGACGGCGGUGGGCUCGGAGCGGGGGGGCGGGCUGCCCCGACCCCAGAGGACCCUGUGGGAUCCCCCAAAGGACCCCACGAGACCCCCUGAAGGGCUUUAGGAGGUGCCCCAAAGGACU